AUGAAAACUUUAGUACAAAGCUGCCUCAAAGACUGCUACAAUGACCUUCCUCAGCCUGAGUUUGUUCUCUCUCCGGAGGAUUCCGAGCUAAACUAUUUUUUAUGGAUGCCUGGGUUCAAGUACCAACCGAGCUUCCAGGAAAAAUUAACUAAACUCAAGUCACUUUCCACAAACUCAGAUAGUACUGUUCAUGAGGCCCUUGAGGAAAUGAUUGAGGUCGAUGUGUUGGAGGAAAGCUUUAAAAAGAGGGCGAGGGGUGGAAUAUUGGAUGUUCACUUGGCGGGUGUGUUGGCUCGCGAACUCGGAGCCUCUCCUUCUCAAGCUGAUUUACUUGAGUUUGAGGCCACUUGCGGCAAGAGUGUGAAUUUUGAGAAUUUCAAGGACUUUCUAGCCGUUUCAAUGUAUUCUAACGAGAACCGGGAGUAUUUGCAAGAUCUUUUAGCAAAUUUCGAAAAUAUGUCUGGAGGCAUUAGCUUGAGCAAGUUUGAGAACUUGAUGAAGAAUUACGGGGAGCCGUUGACGGAUUCCGAGUUGAACGAGCUUUAUAAAUUGGUGAGGGUGGAAAAAAAUGUAGUUUUGUCGAACGAUUUGUUGAAUUUGUUAAGGCCUGAAUGA